AUGGCUGUCGAAAAAAUCAUCACGGAGCCGUCGCUCGCCGCGGUCCUCCAAAUCUCAGACCAAGCUCGCGACCAGGCCCACGCGUUGCUCCAGCUUGCUGACCAGGCCAGCGACGGCCGCGCCACCGCCGACAUCCAGGCCGAGAUUGCUAAGCAGCAGAAGCAGCUUUUUACUAACAUUUCGCAUCUGCGUGGCCUGCACAGGAACGCCUGCCUGUCGGCGCGUGACACAAAGGCCCAGACCGCCGAGGCCCGUCAAGAGGUCGACCGUCUGCAUCUCCAGCUGCAAAAUCUGUAUUACGAGCAGCGGCAUCUUCAGGGCGAGAUUACAGGCUGUGAAUCAUAUGAUCACAAAUACCAGCAAUUGCCUCUAAUUCCCGUCGAAGAGUUCCUGGCUCUACACCCAAAAUAUGCAGAUGCAGACGACGACGAGCGCAUGUUUGCACGUAUCGAACACGAGCGGGAAGAGCGAGAAAUACUAGAACAGCGACGCCAGGAGCUUCUUAAAAGGAAACAGAAGCUCAUUGCGGAGAACAAGAGAAGAAAGGACGACCUAGCCAAUUUAGAUCAAGACUUGGAGAAAUUCAUCGAUGCUGCAAAACCCAUUCUCGAACUAUUCGAAAAGGCACCUUGA